AUAUAAAUUUAAACCUUCACAAAAAAAAAAAAUAAUAACGAGUGGGACAUCAUAAACUUUUCGCCACCAAGCUAAAAAAAAUAAUUAUUAAGAGAAAAACUCAAACAGAAUAUAAUAAUAAUUCAAGUAAAACCACACUUUUUGAAUUAAGUCAAAAACUUCAAUUAAAAACAACAAUUUAUAAGUUUUUGGCGGUGUAAAAAAAACAUCGGGGACACGAAUGGCUCUAUCGUGUCUUUCGCAUCCAAAUUUCACGGAUUUACAAACAUUUCUAGAUCCAAUACGUUCUUCUUUCGAUUUUUCAACAAUAAAUAACGAUCAAAUGGAAUACCAUAACAAUAAUAGUACAGCAAUAAAUCAACAUUUAACACAUAGCAACAAUAAUAACAAUAGCAACAACAAUCGCAACUACAACAAUUUCGCAGCAAAUCAAACACAAAAUGCAUUUAAUAAUGAUUAUGAUCAGGUGAUCAAUUUUGUUGAUUCCCCACCAAAUUCUGAAGAAUCGUGGACAGAUGAACAACAUCAACAACAACAAACACAGCAACAACAACAACAACAGCAGCAACAAAACGGCAAAAUUCCAACUGCAGGACCAAGAAUAAUUGAUGUUCAAACUAUUUUUGGACAACAACAGCAGCAGCAACAACAACAACAACAAGCUGCAGCAGCAGUUGCACAGCGUAAAAGGCGAAUGGACUGGAAUCCCCUUGAAAUCAAUCAAAAUGGUAACAGUGGAACCGAUUCACAAUCAACUGCAGCUAAGAUUCCAAAUUUGACAAACGGCAACGCCAACAAUAACAAUAACAACAACAAUACCACUAACAACACCAUCAAUAAAGAAAAAGAAAAGAAAAAGAUCUCAAAUGGAAAUGGUAGUGGUCGCGGAAGUUGGGCUGAUGACAUUGAUUUUGAUUUAAAUGGAGAUUUCAAUAGUACCGGAUAUUUGAACAAUGAACCAUUUCUAUCAUUUUCUCCGGCACUGACGGUUCUCAAACAGGAAAUCCAUUCGCCACAAGCUGAUCAAUUGAAAGGUAGCAAAAGUCCUCUUAAUCAAGAGAAUUCUCUAAGUUCAGAUAAUCAUGAUACCGAACAACAUCAAGUAAAUGGCACAACACCUGAUUUAAAUGAAUCGAAUGCUUCAUGUGGAUCUCCAUCAUCCCAUCAAGUAGUUGCUGCCAAAUCCGGUUAUGAUAAUUCCAAGCCAAUAACAAUCAAUGGAUUCUCGGUAAACAAUCAACAACAACAACAACAGCAAACCGAUAAAUCAUUGAUCAAUGCUCGCAAAAGUCCAAUCCAACCAAUAGCAGAUUCUUCAAAAAGUGAAAAUAGCUCAUCGUUGGCGGAUGAUUACAAAUUCCAGUACAUUUUGGCUGCGGCUACAUCGAUUGCAACAAAGAAUAACGAAGAGACCCUUACUUACUUGAAUCAGGGUCAGAGCUAUGAGAUUAAAUUGAAGAAAACUGGUGAUUUAUCCUUUUAUAGGGAUAAGAUAUUGAAGAGCGUCAUCAAGAUCUGUUUUCAUGAGCGUCGUCUUCAGUACAUGGAACGUGAGCAAAUGCAACAAUGGCAAGCCUCGCGUCCAGGUGAAAGGAUCAUUGAAGUCGAUGUCCCAUUGUCCUACGGCCUGUGCCACGUGUCACAACCGUUGAAUCAAAAUUUCCUCAAUACCGUCGAAGUGUUUUGGGAUCCUCUGAAGGAGGUGGGUGUCUACAUAAAGGUCAAUUGUAUUUCGACAGAGUUUACACCAAAGAAGCAUGGUGGCGAAAAGGGUGUCCCAUUCAGGAUACAAAUUGAAACGUAUAUAGAAAAUGCAAAUAAUUCGCCAGUAGGUGGCGAUAGUACAACGAAUUGUAAUAAUUUAGUAGUAGGAGGAGGAGGAGGAGGAGGAGUAGGUACAAGUGGAGUUGGUGGUGGAAGUGCAGGGGGAAGUGGUGGUUUAAUUGGAAAACAAGCCAUACACGCGGCAGCUUGUCAGAUAAAGGUUUUUAAAUUGAAAGGAGCCGAUCGUAAGCACAAACAGGAUCGUGAGAAGAUACAACGAAGACCUGUGUCUGAGCAGGAGAAGUUUCAACCGAGCUAUGAGUGCACCAUAAUGAAUGAUAUACCAUUGGACACUUUACCUUCCUCGGCUGGUUGCUACAGCCCUGAAUAUAUGAAACUUUGGCCAAAUUCUCCCGUACAUAUACCAAAAUACGAUGGAAUUAUACCAUAUGCCAAUGUUUCGCCAACAGCCAAUUCUAGCCCGAUAGCAAUAAAUAGUGUAACAUCAACGAAUACCAAUAAUUUGAAGCUAAUGGACGCAAAUAUGGUCUCACCACAACAAGUGGAAAUGGAUGAUUAUCAAUCACCAAAUAUCAUGGCUGAAUCAACACCAGCUCAGGUUACUCAAUGGCUAACCUACCAUCGAUUAACAACGUAUGUUUCCACUUUUGCACACUUUUCCGGUUCAGAUAUUUUGCGAAUGUCCAAAGAGGAUUUAAUCCAAAUAUGCGGUCUUGCCGACGGUAUUCGUAUGUUUAACAUUCUUCAUGCCAAACUUCCGAAACAUUUCAGAGCUAUAGCCCCACGUCUUACCAUUUACAUUAGCUUAGAUGGCAACAGCUAUAAUGCCAUUUAUCUAACAUCAAAUUUAUCCAAGGAACUCUCUCAAAAAAUAUUCAAAUUGCCUGGUUUUUAUGAGUUGAGUGCCAACAGCUCAAAUAUGAAUGGUGGAGUUGAUGGGGGUGUUUAUCCAGGUUGGGGUAUGCAAUCAAAAUACUCAGGGAGUGGUUCAAAUAUAUUUAAUGAUGCAUCUAAAACUCCAGUUUAUAUAACUGGACCUUCCGGCGUUCAUGUCACCAUAACCGAUGAGGUUCUAAACAACGAAAUCAAAGAUGGAAGUCUUUUUGCACUUGAAGUACAAAAUGGAAAAGUACUUAUGAAGGCCGUUAAUAAAAAUGAUAAUUAAAUAUAAAAAAUAAAACAAAAAAAAAAGAAAAAAAAAAUAAAUUAUUUCUAAGUUAACCAAAAAAAAAUUAUAUAAAAAAUUAUGUUUAAGAUGAUGAUAUGCAUAUUCAACCAAUGGACCAUAAAAAAAAUAUAUGCCUACAAAUUACUACAAUUCGCUGUACACUAAAAAAAAGAAA